CUGCCAUCCAGGGUCCGGAGCAAAGGCGGAGGGGGGGUUGCUUCCCAGGCUUCGGCAAAACGCAGCGAUCGGCCCGAGACGGGUGCUGGUGCCAGAAGAAAAGAAUGAUUGAUGGCAAACAGACUGUAAAUACCCAUCAUUUUGGUCCAUCAGCUGAUUCAUCUGUUUGGCAGACUGUUCCUCAUGAGCCGGAAAAAAAGAGGAUUGGUCAGGAUUAUUGAAGGUACAGCUGAGGCCUGGCAACACUGCUGAAUUGUACCUGGUUUUGGACAUUAUUUGCAUAAGUGAUUAAAAGUCCUGAAACACCUGGGAAUGUAAGCAUCCUUCACUUGGCUUUGAACGACGUAUAAUAAAUAAUAUGCUUGGCUUCCACCAAAGUUUCCAAAAUUAAAAACACAGUUAUUGUAACUUAAGCUCUUCUCUCCUUUGGAACAUAUUUUGCAAUAAAGUUGCCUCUCUCUAUAUGUAUAUUUAUGUAUAAUAAAGACUGCACUUAGUUCCAUAUUGGUGAUUGCUGUCAAGGCACUCGAAAGGAUAUAGAGAUGUAUUUGUCAAGAUUCCUGUCUCUCCAUGCCCUAUGGGUUACUGUGUCUUCGGUAAUGCAACAUUAUCCUUCAGUUUGGGGACAUUAUGAUGUGUGCAAGACACAGAUUUAUAUGGAUGAAGACAAGAUUUGGGAUUAUACAGCCUGUCAGCCUGAAGCCAUAGAUAUGAUGAAACACGUAAAAGUAAACCUGGAUCCGCCUAAUAUAACAUGUGGAAAUCCACCGGAGACCUUCUGCGGAAUGGGGAAUCCCUACAUGUGCAAUGAGUGUGACGCAACCAUUGACGAACUGGCACAUCCACCCGAACUGAUGUUUGAUGCCGAAGGAAGGCAUCCCUAUACAUUUUGGCAAUCGACCACUUGGAAAGGUUACCCAAAGCCUCUCCAAGUGAACAUUACCCUAUAUUGGAACAAAACCAUCGAACUCACGGACAACAUAGUCAUCACCUUUGAAUCCGGCCGCCCAGACCUAAUGAUCCUGGAGAAGUCCCUCGACUAUGGUCGGACGUGGCAACCAUACCAAUAUUAUGCUACAGAUUGUCUAAAUGAUUUUAACAUGGAACCAAAAACAGUGAGGGAUUUAUCUCAACAGACAGUCCUAGAAAUCAUUUGCACAGAAGAAUAUUCCACGGGGUACAUGGCCAACAGUAAGAUCCUCCACUUUGAGAUUAAGGAUAGAUUUGCAUUUUUUGCUGGGCCUCGGCUUCAUAAUAUGGCUUCUCUCUAUGGGCAGCUCGAUACAACCAAGAACCUAAGAGAUUUCUUUACUGUCACAGACUUGAGGAUAAGACUGCUCAGGCCAGCAACUGGGGAAUUAUAUGUGGAUCCGCAGCACUUGACACGCCACUUUUAUGCAAUCUCUGACAUAAAAGUAGUUGGAAGGUGCAAGUGUAAUCUUCAUGCCACUGGUUGCAAAAUUGAAAAUAAAAAAUUAUUAUGCGAGUGUGAACACAAUACCACAGGCCCAGAUUGUGGGAAAUGUAAGAAGAAUUAUCAGGGACGUCCUUGGAGUCCAGGUUCCUAUCUGCCCAUUCCUAAGGGCACUGCAAAUAUCUGUAUGCCCAGUAUUUCCAGCAUUGGUACUCCUCCAAAGUAUGAUAAGAUAUGGCCGAAUAUAUCUUCCCUUGGGGUUUCUAACCCAAAUCAAGAAUGUAAUUGUAACCGUUUGGGCUCAGUCCAUGAUCGCUGUAAUGGAAAAGGAAUUUGUGAGUGUAAGCAGGGAACAACAGGGCCUAAGUGUGAUAAGUGUCUGCGGGGAUAUAACUGGCACAACCAGGGUUGUCAAUCAAACAUAUGUGACAAUGAACUUCAAAUUUGCCAGAAUGGAGGGACAUGCCACAACAAUAUACGCUGCCAGUGUCCGGAAGGCUAUACUGGUGUACUGUGUGAGAAGCGGAGUUGUGAUGUGGAUCCAGAUGGCUGCAGCGAAAAUUCAGGCCAAGGGGCAAUAUCAAUACAAAUCCUGCUACUUCUACUACCACCAAUUGCUCCAUUGGGAUUGAGUGGGCUUUUUAUAUUUUAAGCUACGCAGCUUGGGAGACAUCGGCUUCAGACUGCUUUGAGAGGAAGGUGUCCAGAAAAGAAAGAAAGAAAGAACCAGAUGCAAAUAAAAAAUUUCAAAAUAAGGGGGGAAAUUAUACAAUUUUCACACAUAUAUAGACUAAAGAAAAGGCCUGACUUGAACUAAGCCAUAUGUAUACCUUGUGGACAGCCUGAACCAACCAAGACUGUUACUUCUUGGCUCAAGCUUAAGUGAGGCAGCUGCCAAUACUACUACAACUACUCAACACAGCAACAGCUGCUCCGGGCACUUACACAGGUUCAAAAAGGCUUGGGUAGCCACCCCCCCGAUGGAAAUCCAAGACAGAAAUGACAAAAAAAAAAAAGCCACAAAAAAACCUUGCUCUUUCAAACUGGUGCGCCACCGUACCUCUUCCCAGUGUGUGGACCAACCAAAUAGAGGCAUUCUUUGCUGUCAGUGCAUUGUGGGUAUAAGGAAAUCUGUUUCAAAGCUGCCAUAUUGGCCUGCUUCAGCCCCUUAAUUCCUCUUUCCAACUGUGCUUUAGUGAACGUUGCUCUGUAACCUUUUGUUGGUUGAACGAUCUCUUUGUCUGAUGUUAGUAAUGCACAUGUGUACCAGCCCCAACUCAAUAAAUCUCAAGCCGGUCAUAUCCUUGUAUAUCUUAGAAGCACUGUGCCCUGUUGACGCAGUGCUCCCCUAUUGUACAAGAGUGGCAGUAGGACAAAAAGAAAGUAUAUUUAUCCUUUUGUAAUCAAAUGAAGUUAUUUUUCUUGACUAACGUAAAGCGUAGAUUUUUUGUAUUAUUGCCAAUUUGUGUUAACAAUUGAGUAAUGUACUUUAAUCCUAAUCAGAUGGGAGGGGAAGGGAAGAGAUGGUUUUUAAUUCGUUCUUUUUUUUCUUCCUUUUUUUUAAAACUUCAUUUAAUUGUGCAGAGAUUUCUCUGUAUGGGCAACGUGCUGGCAUCAAAGAAUAUCAGUUUACAUAUUAUAUCAAGUGUAAUAAGAUACCACCAAAGGACAUU